GUCACUGAUAAUCAAAAAUGUAUUCUGCUGAAGAAACAGAAGUUAAUUUUCAUUACUAAAUAAAGAGAAAUGUGCGUUUGUGAAAGAAUUGCUGAGAUAUAUAGCAGUUAUGUCAAAAAGUCAUAAGACAGAUUCCAAUCACUCCAAAGGUGGACGACUUGCUCGACGUGCAAGAUCUUUCAAAGAUGAUUUUCUUGGAAGAAUAAAUCAGAUAAGAAGUCCAUCUGGGAAUCGUGCAGCUUCUCCGUGUAAAAAUACGAAAAAUAAAGUAAAAAAUGUACCAGAAGCUCAAGAAGAUUCUCCUUUAAAUCGUCCAGGAAAAGAUGUUGACACAAUAUUGCAUUCAGUUCGCCUUCUUUCAACAGAUUUAAGGUAUUUUCAAGACGUCGUUGAAAAAAAUAUUUUAGAAAUGUUACCUGGAUCUGCCACAGUUGUUUUAGAAACGGUUUUAAACAUUCAUUCUGUCUUACGGGAAUCCCUACUUAAUGAGCAAAGUUCUUUGAUGCUGUCUGCUUCAAAUCAAGUCUAUCAAACUCUUGCAAAUCUCAUUCGUUGGUCUGAUAAUAUUUUACUUUAUGGAGAAAAAGCCACAGAAAAAGAAAGUGUUGGUGAUAUUGUCCAAGCUGUACGCGAAGCUGUUAAAAGUUUGGUUCAGUUAUCACUUGAUCGUUUGCAACACAAGGAUUCUAGAAACUCCAGUGAUUUUAGUGUCCAACAAACUCUUUCAUCAUCUAAACCCGAAAGUCCACAUAGAAGUUCCCUUCCUGAUAUACCAUUGACUCCUCGAGAACUUGAAAUUUUGGAGCAAACUAAAAUUUCUGAAGCCCCAGUUUUAUCACAGCUUCAUCAUUCUGCUUCUUCUGAUAGCAUUCUAGGUUCAGGAAGUUCAGUUAGAUUGAAUGAAUCUGAACCACCUCCAAAACCACCCCUUCCUGCAUUUAGAGAAAGAGUGGCAGUGGAGAGUAACUCAAGUUACGAAGAUUCUCUACUUAGUUGUGAAUUUCAAUUAGAUUCAGCACCUCCUCUUCCACCCAAAAAGAAACUGACAGCAACUGUUGGGAAUUCUGAUAAUUCUAGAAUAUACCCAGUGACUGAUGAUUCUUAUUUGUGUGGUAGCUGUGGCUCUAUUAAUACUGAAUUGAAUUCUUUAUGUACCAUAGAUUGGACCAGUCCAUGUAGCCAAUCUCCAGAAAAUUUAACUCCCAUUAGUAAAUCAUCUGCAUCAAGUUUAGAUUCGAAUUUAAAUAAUUCUACUGACGAUUUGUCAUUCACAAAACAUAAAUAUUUGAAAUGCUCUGAUACCCAAGAAUUUAUGUUUUCGAAGCAACAGUUUUUACCAGCAUUUACAUCACAGACAUAUAACUGUCAACUAUCUUCUUAUACUUCUUCAAUGACUACUGCAACAACAUCUAUUUCUCUGCAUUCAAGUAAUGGCAUUGAAAACAGUCAUGAAGUAAUUGAGUCUGUAAAUGAAACCAAUGUAAAGAAAGAAUUCAGUUUUCAAUCAUGUACCAAUAAUACUAAUAAUUCUGAGAGAGAAUCGCCUCCAGCGUUACCAGUAAAGCUUCGGAAAUUGAGGAAUCUCACUAUUUCUCAGUAUGAUAAUAUGCCUCAACUCUUUGUUCAUGAUAUGGAUCCAGAAUCUGAUGGUCACAGUCCUCAAUGUCCUUUAGUUCAUAGCCCCCAAAGUUGGUUAGGCAGUAAUCAUGCUCCUUUGUGCCCUCAUCAUCAAACAAAUUCUGAUGAAAGUGAGAAUGGAAAGCCUCCACCUCUUCCCCCUAAAGAAAGAACAAUACGUGCAUAUAUGCAGAUGUUUGGUAGUUAUUCCCAACCAUCAGAGUCCGAAUUUUUUCGGCAUUCAGUUCACACUUACAAAGUUGUGCAAGCAAAUUGGCAGCAAAUUGAACUAUCAUUCAUGCAACAGCCAUCAUUCAAUACCAAUUUUUCAACAAGUACUGAAGAUUCUUCACUUUUUGAUACCUUUAAUGUAAGCUGUAGUUCUGUGAAAGAUGGCGAACUAAACGAAAUAACAUCUAUUAAUCCUCCUUCAAUCCCUCCUAAAAAGAACAAAGGAAAUUCCAGAAACCGAAAUAAUGUGAAAAGUGUUGAGUUAGAGGCUGUUUCUCCAUCAUCUGUACAACUACCCAUCGAACAUGUUAAUGAAUCUCCAUCACCAUCAUUUGGGGAAAAGAACUAUGAGAAAUCGAAUUUUUUAUUAUCUGCCAAUGAGACUGAAAAUUCAUCAGAAGUACAGGGUGCUCUGGAUGAAUUGGACCCAACAGCAUAUCUCAUAAUGAAGAAGAAUGGAGAAGAAGGUCCAGAUCUAAGAGGUGGGUCUGUGGACUCUCUUAUUGUUCUGGCAACAAGGGCUUCAAAGAAUGAUUUCCUUUACCAAGAAGCAUUUUUAACUACAUAUCGAACUUUCAUCUCUCCCCAUGAUCUGAUUUGCAAGCUAUUGUAUAGGUAUAACAAAUUUAUUCAUGUAUCCGAUAUGAGGCAAAGAGCAGCUAGGAAUUCAUUUGCUCUGCUGGUUAGAGUAGUGGAUGAUUUAUGUCUUACUGAUGUCAAUGAAGACGUUUUAAAAAUUUUGAUGGAUUUUAUUUGUCAACUUGUGAGUCGAGGAGAUUUACUUCUUGCCCGAGCUUUGAGAAAAAAGGUUGUUGAGAAAUGUUAUUUGAAACAAAGAAGUCUUUUAAAUCUUCGUAUUUUGUUACCUUCAAUGGCUGUAACUACCCACAAAGCCUCUUUAUUGGACUUCAAAUCUGAAAGUAUUGCUGAACAGAUGACUGUUUUAGAUGCAGAUCUAUUCCAAAAGAUUGAAAUCCCAGAAGUGCUCCUUUGGGCAAAAGAACAAAAAGAAGAACUUAGUCCUAAUCUCACCACUUUUACUGAACAUUUCAAUAAAAUGUCUUAUUGGGCCAGAUCUCGAAUAUUGGAGCAAGAAGAAGCAAAAGAUAGAGAAAGAUAUGUUGUGAAAUUUAUCAAAGUUAUGAAGUAUCUUCGAAAACUGAACAAUUUCAACUCAUAUUUAGCGAUACUUUCUGCAUUAGAUUCUGCACCUAUACGUCGUUUAGAAUGGCAGCGUAACAUUACUGAAGGUUUAAAGGAGUACUGUGCUUUGAUUGACAGUUCAUCAUCAUUUCGUGCCUAUAGACAAGCCUUAGCAGAAACAAGUCCACCAUGUAUCCCUUACAUCGGACUGAUUCUACAGGAUUUGACUUUUGUCCAUAUCGGGAAUAGUGACAUGCUAACAGAAGAUGCUAUAAACUUUUCCAAGAGAUGGCAACAGUUCAAUAUUCUGGACAAUAUGAGGAGAUUUAAGAAUUGUCAAUAUCCGGUGAAAAAAAACGAGCAAAUCAUAUCUUUCUUCAACAAUUUUGAUGAUUAUCUUUGUGAAGAAGCAAUGUGGCAAAUCUCGGAAACGAUUAAGCCUAGAGGAGGGAGAAGAAAAGAAAUGUGAUCAAAUUUGAUUUCUGUGGUAGCUCCUUUAUAUCCUCUUAAAGUGCCUGCUUCUUAAGAUAUUUUAAUUUGUAUUUAAUGUAUUUUAAUGCAUCGUCAUGAUAAAUUAUUUCAUUUGAUAUGCUUUCAUUGUAUGAUAGUCUCAUUUGAGUAAAACUAAGAGGUAACUGCUAAUAUUUGGGUUGUUUGCUGAGAUAACAUUUAAGAUAUGCAGCUACAUAUAUGUUUUCUGAGCGCUUUUAUGUAAUUAUUUUUUAAGCUGAUAGAUGUUUUGUUGAAAGCUUUUUUGCCUUGUAACAUACUUGUAUAAUAAAAUAAUUUGCUAAUACAUAAUUGUGCAUUUGAUGUUACAGAAGAGCUAUGUAUUAAAGCUAUUUUGAAAGUCUGC